AUGGCAGAAGACUCGCGUACGGCGCUCGCGCGGGCAUCAAAGCCCAUGAGCAAAGAGCUCUUCAGCACCUUGAUAACCGCAAACCACAUCCUCCAUUAUCACAAUGUUGUUGAUGCCUACGGGCAUAUCAGCGUACGAAACACACAGGACACCUCUACCUUCUUCAUUUCCAAGUCCUUGGCGCCGGCGUUGGUGUCGAGCCGAGACGACAUUGAGGAAUAUCGAGUGUCAGAUGCCAGCCCUGUGAACCCAGACGCCGGCAGAGGCUAUGCGGAACGCUUCAUCCAUAGUGAGAUCUAUAAGAAAUACAAGGGCGUCCAGGCCGUUGUACACGCGCACAAUGAAGCUGUCAUCCCAUUCAGUAUCAGCAGCGUCCCAUUACGGCCAGUCUAUCACAUGGGUGGCGCUAUGGGUAGCCUAUGUCCAAUCUACGAUAUAUCACAGCAUUAUAAGGCUUCGGAUAAUCUUCACUCUCUGCUCGUCAAUAAUGAGCAUUUAGGUGCGGGACUGGCUGCCGGAUUCAAUCCAUCGACCAUGAUCUCGAAGACGACGAACCUUCUCCGCAACUUCGUAACGUCUCAAGCAACCCAGAUGCCGGACUUUCCGCCUAAUCCGACCGUCUUAAUGCGCGGUCACGGAUUCACCUGCAUAGGCGCCUCCAUCGAGGAAGCAGUCUGGCGUGCCAUCUAUACAUGCGCUAAUGCCCGGAUACAGACGACGGCGCUGUUGAUGCAGGGCUCUUACAAUGUUGGCUUGGUCGGGGAGCGCUUUGGCGGAGGCGAGAAGGAGACCGGUCCGGCUAAGCAUGAGGACAUCAAGUACCUCAGCGACCGCGAAUGCAAAGACGCCUGGACUGCAAACCAAGGCCACGCAUACAGACCGUGGAAGCUAUGGUGUGCCGAGGUUGAAGCAAGCGGACUGUAUCAUAACGAGCUUGGGUCUCCGCCGGGUGCUUAG